UUAAAGCCGGAUCCUUCGCGAACGACCCAUCACUCGGUGUUGGUAGGAAAUGGUAACAACGUCUUCAUCUCAUCUCUUUUUGCACUCAAACUAAUUACUUACUUACUUACUUUUAAAAUCAGCUUUUCAGUCCGUGUCUUACAUUUAAAACAUGAGCCAAGAAAUAAAGCCGGAAGUUAGCAGCACGCAGGAAAAAAUGUGCGAAUUCCAAAAGGUGAGAAUGUUGAUGGAGCAGCGACUAAAUGUUACCGCUGAAGAAAUAUUUGGAGUGUUGGAAAGAACCAUAGCAGAGUACGAGGAGGAACUUUCUAGGACAAAGGAGGAGAACAAACGUCUACAAGAACUACUGGAUGCUGUUUUCAAACCUCAAGUUGUGCUACACAGAGCAGACGUCCAGCGAGUGUCAGCGGGGAGUCAUGAAGAGAUUCCCUCCAGGCAGCAGGAGUGGCAGACCAGUGUGGGACAGAAGGAGCUACAGGCCCCCUCCCACAUUAAAGAGGAGCAGCUUCAUGAUGAAGAUGAAGCUCAGUCCUUACAGCUUCAUCACAGUCAAAGUGAGGAGAACAGAGGGGCGGAGCUUGUAAGUCAACACAUCACAGAAGCUGAUGGAGAGCAUUGUGAAGAUAUCAAGUCAGAACCAGUCAGCAUCUUUGCUCCACUGUCAGACAUGGACCACAUGAUGUCACACUCUUCUGAUCACAGUGACCACAUCCAAAAACCUUUGGAGAGUAAAAAUGACUCUAAAGGUGAUACGAGACAUCACACUAACAACAAACACUUUGACUGCUCUAAAUGUGGAAAAUCAUUUAGACAGAAGAGUCAUUUUACAAGACACAUGAGAAUACAUACUGGAGAAAAACCUUUUACUUGCUCUGUUUGUAAGAAGAGUUUCUCCAGAAAGCAUCACAUGACCACACACAUGAGAACACACACUGGAGAGAAACCUUUUGCUUGCUCAGCGUGUGCUAAAAGAUUCAAAACUAAGAAGGAACGUAUAUUACACAUGAGAACACACACAAGUGAGAAACCAUUUGCUUGCUCUGUUUGCAAGAAGAGUUUCUCCAGAAAGCAUCACAUGACCACACACAUGAGAACACACACUGGAGAGAAUCCUUUUAGUUGCACUGUGUGUGAUAAAACAUUCAGGUUUAAGCAGCAGGUCAGUAAACACACGUGUGUAACAGUCACGGAAGCUGCAGGGAUUUAAAAACACUUAAACAGUGAUUGUGCUAAAUGUAGUUUAAAAACACAGCAUGUUUAAUAUGAAUGUAUAUUUGAUGUUGUAUGUAGUGCUUCUCAUCUUGUAGUGUUAUAUGUUGUCCUGUAAUUACUUUUUAAGUUGUGUGCAUUUAUUUAAUAUUAUUUAUGCAGCUAUUAUUUUAUUUUAUUUGCUAAUUGUUCUUUUUUUUGUGUGUGUCUUAUAAAAUCACACAUUUGUUCCACUGCAUUUUGUUGAUGUUUUUAUCAA